AUGGACGUUCGACGCGCCUCACGGGUCGUUAUCGACCCCAAAGUAAGGCGCGUUGGUUUCUUUGCUCACCCCGAACCCGAUUCCCCGCCACUUCCGGGCUCUCCCCAAUCCGACCCGAUAUCCCCCGUCAUUAUCCCGCCUCCACGUCAGCUUACCGAACGAACUGCCGCCGUCCCCGUUCCCGAGUCCAAGUUCCGACGCCAGGAAUUCGACGAUCAGGUCCCGGUUGGGAGCUACAACCCCUCGCAAUCGUUGCUUGCACCCUCGCCGACGGGUUCGAUUUCUUCUAGCAGUGCCGGGUUCAUUAACGGAGAGUUCUCCGAGGAUCGCUCUGGUGUUGGGUGGUUUCGUGGCAGCGAGUUAAGUUUCCCUGGCGGAGGGUUUGAUUUGCCGCGUGAAAUUUUGGCGGAAAAUAUCUUUCCUGCUGUAACGGUGAAUGUGAAGAAUCUUCCAGGAGGCACUGAGAAGAGAGAAGAGGCUGUUAAAGAAGUAUACCCUGAUCCGCUGGCAGUUUCAAAGCCAUUGAAAGAAAAAACUUCAAAGGCUGAGAGACGAGCUGUGCAGGAGGCACAAAGAGCUAAAAAAGCUGCUUCUAAAGCUAAUGGAAGUUCCGCAGUUGCUGAAUCUGGCAAAGCCGCCCUAACUAAAAGUAAAAAGCAGUCUUCACAAAAGAAAGAUGGUCCUCCAGUUACAUCGUCAGUCACUAUUGAUAACAAAUCUGGGAAUCGUCCUUUGGAGAAAGAGAGGAAAAAAGAGGCCCCUCAUCAACAGUUGCAAUAUGAUGAUCAAAACAGAGUGGAAAAAGCUAAAAGGCGUGCACUGGUAAAUCAAACUGAAGCAAGAAACAGAGUUGAAUUAUUUCGGCAUUUGCCUCAAUAUGAACAUGGAGCUCAGGUUCCUAAUCUUGAGUCAAAGCUUUUCCAUCUUGACUCCGUGCAUCCUGCUGUGUUCAAGGUUGGAUUACGUUAUAUGGCCGGAGAUAUAUCAGGGGUUAAUGCUCGUUGUAUCGAAAUGCUUAAAGCAUUUCAGGAAGCUCUUAUAGACUACUCCACUCCACCUGAAAAAGUACUUAUUAGAGAUUUAACUGCAAAAAUCAGUAGUUAUAUUUCCUUUAUUAGUGAAUGCAGACCACUUUCUAUUAGCAUGGGAAAUGCAAUUAGGUUUGUGAAGAGUCGAAUUGCCAGGUUGCCCUUAAGUCAUACUGAUGCUGAGGCAAAAGCAGCACUUUGUUCUGAUAUUGACCGAUUUAUUUAUGAAAAAAUAAUUGUUGCGGAAAAGGUUAUUAUUGGACACGCCACUGCUAAAGUAAGGGACGGAGAUGUUCUUCUUACAUAUGGACUGUCUGGUGUUGUUGAGAUGAUUCUCAUAUCUGCCCACGAUCUUGGGAAACAAUUCCGAGUUGUGGUGGUAGACUCACGGCCAAAGUUUGAAAGUCAGGCCUUACUUACUAGGCUUAUGGCCAAGGGUCUGAGUUGUACGUAUACUCAUAUAAAUGCUGUUUCAUAUAUUAUGCAUGAGGUCACAAAAGUUUUUCUGGGAGCUUCUGCUAUUCUUUCUAAUGGAACUGUACUUUCAAGGGUUGGGACAUCAUGUAUUGCAAUGGUGGGUCAUGAAUUUCGUGUUCCUGUAUUAUUCUGUUGUGAAACUUUUAAGUUUCAUGAAAGGGUGCUACUUGAUUCAAUAUGUUGCAACGAAAUAGGUGACCCUGGUGCUGUUGCCACAGUUCCUGGAAGAAUGGAUAUCAAUUAUCUGGACAAUUGGGCAAAUGAAAAGAAUUUGCAGCUUUUGAAUUUAAUGUACGAUGUUACUCCUUCAGAUUAUGUCUCAGUUAUUGUUACGGAGCAUGGAAUGAUUCCUCCUACAAGUGUGCCUGUGAUCGUGCGCGAGUAUGGACAAGAGCAUUAUUUGAUAUAG